ACUACUAAAUUCUGGAUCUCUCAAAACAGUAAGGCAGAUGUUCAUCUGGUUGUUAUGAACUACGUACGUUAUAUUCUGCCAAAAAACAUACUUUUUGGAGGGUUCUCACUUUGUCGGUGCAAACGGCAAACAUUUGGUGACAUCGAGGAGGUAGAGCAAUUAUAAAAUGGAGGAAUUUAGUCAAAAUGGAGGGCCUGAGAGAGAGGAGCAGAAAAAAUGUGCUGGGCGUCUGGAAUCUGGGGGCUGGAGGCUGCAGAGGUGAUGUCAUUGGAGCAGAGGAGCUGGAGAAAAACAACUCUCUUUCUUUAUUCAGAUCCUCUUUGCAGUCCCAGCAGGGGAGGGAGAAGAGGGAAGGGGAGGGGAAGGGAGGGUGGCUUGGCAGGCAGCCGUGGCAGGGGCUGCUGGGAAAUGGUAAAGGAUGCCAAGCAGGCUCUGCAGCCAACAUUAGUGGCUCACAUCUUUGUUCUCUGAAACCUGGUGUGCUGCCAAAAGCCUCAUUUCAGCUCCCCGCCAUGAUUACACUGGAUGUAGGCCAAUUCCUGAGAGCUCGCAAUCCUCUCUGUUGCGCGCGGCCGCUCUCGCUCUCCUUCAAAGGCUCGCUGCCAAACAUGCAGCAGUUUCCAUGGCGACGGCGAGCGGAACAUAAAAAUUGCGUCAGAAACGACUGGAAAUCAUUGUCACACCCAGGCACUGAUAUGAACGACAAGAAGCAGAGAGGAAGACGUGUCAGAAUGGUCCUCGGCGCGGCGGAUAUGGCUGUUAGCUACGGCCGUCUGCGCCCCACUUGCUUGUCGACUUCAAAGUGUGGAUUUUUUCAAACAGAUUUCUCUCAGAAGCGAGUGACAGAAUGAAAUCGGGCGAGACACUUGAAAGGGAAUGUUAUGGUGUGUACGAUGUGUCUGAAUAAUCUCUCUCUGGGCGCUUUCAUCUGUAGCCAUGGCUGUCAUUACCCAUGCUAGUGCUGUAACUAGCGUUAACCCGCUUUAGUGGGGUUAUCAGAUAGUGACUUAAGAGCUGGUAAUAAAUGUCUUGGUUAAAAUGCCAAAUGUGAUCUCAUAAGGCCAGACUUUGGACUUGCAGAUCCAAACACUGUGAGGUCAGACUGUAAACUAAUGAUCAGACGCAUGUGACACUUUGAUAAUGCAGUAAGUCAUAAAAAAAUAAUAAUAAUAAUAUAUCAAGACUAUUAGUUUGUUUGGUCCACUUCAGUGCAUAUUCUUUAAACAAUUCUUUAUUUAUUAUUAAAUUUAAAUACUUAAAGUAUUUAAUUACAGAGACCAUGCGCAAUAAUAAGAGGACUUUUAAGUUUUCAAGCACUACUUUCAAACUUCAGAAAAAAAGAUAAAUAAAUAAAAAAUAUCCUAAUAAAACUAAAUGGCAAAAAUAAAGUGAAGCACAUGCAAAUAGCUAAUUUUUUUAGCAAAGAAAAAAAAUAACAUGGUUACUACACUUUUACUAUAGUAUAACCAUGGAUAACCAACCAGUAUAACCAACAACUGAAUCAAAUGAUUCGCGAACCCCCCGAAUUCCCGAUCUGAAUCAAGUGAUUCACGAGCCGCGCUCCUAGGUUCCGAUUUAAAGCAAAGCCUGCAUCCCAAUGUGCAUAUUAUCCAUCCUAAAUUCUAUGUGAUAGUGGUAAAUUUCAAUACUAUUUAGGGCAGACAGGGUGGAUAGUAUGCACAUUGAAAGACAGUAUGCACAGGAAAAGAUUUGCAAAAUCAAAAUUCACAAUUCAUUCAAUUCGCAGAAUGAUUCAAAAAAACACUCUGAAGUUCCGAUCUAAAUCAAAUGAUUCACUAUACGUGAAGUCCCAAUCUGAAUCAAAUGAUUCGCUAUAUGCAAAGUUCCGAUCCAAGUCAAAGAUUCGCGAACCCUCUUCGAAGUCCGGAUUUAAAUCAAACAAUUCGCGAAUAUUCUGUUUGACGUUCCGAUCUGAAUCACAUGAUUCGCGAUAUGCGACCUGAGCUCCAUCUCACCCAUCACUAUACUUGUUUUUCAAAAUCAUUUUAAAAUGAUGUCGAAAUUCGAAAA